AUGCCCGAGCAGUUCCUAUCUCAAAUACCUCUUCGCUUCCGUCCGGAUCCCGAGCGUGAACCCCUCAAGAUCUACCCUGCUCCGCCAUCUGCUCGCAAAGCAUGCAAGGACCCCAUCGCAGCGGUUACCGAGUCGCAAUUGGCAGUCCUUGACCCCACGGGUGAGCGCAAGGCAAUGUUCGACUACCGACGAAACCCGCGCAGUGUCAAGACAGGCGAUAUUGUACGAGUGACAUUCAAGAACGGCGACCCAUUCAACGGAAUUGUUCUGAGCAUCAAGUUGCGCGGAAUUGAAACCUCGUUCCUCAUGCGAAACGAACUCACUCGUGUCGCUGUUGAGAUGUCGGUCAAGGUCUUCAGCCCCAACGUGAACAGCGUGGAGAUUGUCCAGCGAUCGGAGAAGAAGCGCAGAAGGGCGAGAUUGUACUUCCUCAGGGACAAGAAGCACGAUCGUCGCAGCGUGGAGAAUGUUGUGGCAAGCUAUGUUCGCCAGAAGAAGGCCUUCUUGGGUGGUGGCAAUCGUCGGAGGUGA